CGAGCUUCGAAAGGGCGGGAAAGGCGGUUGGAGAGGGAGGGGCGAGCGGUUACUCACUCCAUGGCUGCGCAAAGGAGAGGCGGCGGCGGCCUCGGCUGAAGAGAGAAGGCAGGAGCGGAGAGCGCAGGCGCGGAAGAAAACACAGAUGCGUUUCCCUGUCAGUGCAGACACAUGGCUUCUUAAGUUCCUCUUCAUUCAUUAACAUGAAGACAAGUGUGGUGACUAAAUUUGGAGUCAGAGGCUUUUAAAAAGCUUUCCAGACAGGAGGGCCUACGCUCCACAGCCUCCCAGCUGCUCCAGCCCCACACCAGGACCCUGGCAUCUCCAGUCUAACGGGAAACAGGACAGAGCCAGAGCCACUCACCCCGGUUUCACCCUCGCCCGACGAUGACAUCCGUCCCGGGCUAACCAGAAAGGCCAUGGGCACUGAGAGAGCCCGCCAGAGCCAGCCAUGCAGUGAGUGCCCCCACAGUAGCCCUGGGGUUCUGGAAACCAGGGAAGGAGGGGCAGGGUGCCCUAGGGGAAGGGGCCUCAGACACAUCUCCAACCCAGACACGAGAGUCAUGGACCCCUUGGCCUGGCGCCUCCUCGCCCUGGUCCCCGUCUUCCUUAGCCUGGCGGCCUCCCUGGACUGGCAGACGGCCCACAUCUAUGACCCCUUCGAGAAAUGCAUGCACGACCCAGACUACGAGCAGCUGCUCAAAGUUGUGACCUUGGGCCUCAAUCGGACCUUGAAGCCCCGGAGGGUGGUUGUGGUUGGUGCGGGCGUGGCCGGGUUGGUGGCCGCCAAGGUGCUCAGCGAUGCUGGACACAAGGUCACCAUCCUGGAGGCAGACAACAGGAUUGGGGGCCGCAUCCUCACCUACCGCGACCGGAAGACAGGCUGGAUUGGGGAACUGGGGGCCAUGCGGAUGCCCAGCUCACACAGGAUCCUCCAUGAGCUCUGCAAGAGCCUGGGCCUCAACCUGACCAAAUUCACCCAGUAUGACGAGAACACGUGGACAGAGGUGAACGAGGUGAAGCUGCGUAACUAUGUGGUGGAGAAAAUGCCCGAGAAGCUAGGCUACAAGCUGAACCCCAAGGAGAAGGGCCGCUCACCCGAAGAAAUCUACCAGAUGGCUCUCAACAGGGCCAUCAAAGACCUCCGGACACUGGGCUGCAAGAAGGCAAUGAUGAAGUUUGAAAGGCACACGCUCCUGGAAUACCUCCUCGGGGAGGGGAACCUGAGCCAGCCGGCCGUGCGGCUCCUGGGAGACGUGCUGUCCAAGGACGGCUUCUUCUAUCUCAGCUUCGCAGAGGCCCUGCGGGCCCACAGCUGCCUCAGCGACCGGCUCCGGUACAGCCGCAUCGUGGGCGGCUGGGACCUGCUGCCGCGCGCGCUGCUGAGCUCGCUGUCGGGGCCGGUGCUGCUGCACGCGCCCGUCGUGGCGAUUAAGCAGGGCACGCACGAGGUGAAAGUGCACAUCAAGUCCUCGCACGGGACCCGGAACCUGAAGUCCAUGAUGGCCGACGUGGUGCUGCUGACUGUGAGCGGGCCGGCUCUGCAGCGCAUCACCUUCACUCCGCCGCUGACGCGCAAGCGGCAGGAGGCGGUGCGCGGGCUGCACUACGUGCCGGCCACCAAGGUGUUCCUGAGCUUCCGCCGGCCCUUCUGGCACGACGAACACAUCGAGGGCGGCCACUCGAGCACCGACCGCCCGUCGCGGGUGAUCUUUUACCCGGCGCCGGGCGAUGGCGCGCUGCUGCUCGCCUCGUACACGUGGUCGGACGCGGCGGCCCCGUUCGCCGGCCGGAGCCUGGCCGAAUCGCUGCGCUUGGCGCUCGACGACGUGGCGGCGCUCCACGGGCCCAUCGCAUACCGACUUUGGGACGGCACCGGUAUCAUCAAGCGCUGGGCGGAGGACCCGCACAGCCAGGGCGGCUUCGUGGUGCAGCCGCCCACGCUCUUUCAAACCGACAAGGACGAGGGGCGGGAGUACGAUUGGUCGGUGCCCUAUGGCCGCAUCUACUUCGCCGGGGAGCACACGGCCUACCCGCACGGUUGGGUGGAGACGGCAGUCAAGUCGGCACUGCGGGCCGCAAUCUUGAUCAACAGUCGGAUCUCCGGCUCUGGCUCUAGCAGCAGCCUGAAGGAGCCCCGGAUUGUCAACAAGGUGGGACAUGGGCACCUGGCGCCCUCCCACCACCAGCACCACCACCACCGGUGCCCCUUCGAAAGUGAGCAGGGCACCCACUCUCCAGCCUCACAUGCGGUAACCGCCGCGCACUCGACCCUAAAGAAGAGCCAGUAUUAAAGUACUUUUGGAAUCA